AUGUUUUAAGAUAAUAUAAACUCAGAUGGAUAUGGAGGUGCUUUAUAAUUAAUAGAGACAUAAUAAGUUAAUAUAUAUUACUCACACUUUAUUUCUAAUAAAUGCCUUUUAAAAAAUGGUGGUGCAAUCAAUUUUAUAAAUGUAGAAUAUUUAGGAAUAUUGGAUAUUAGCUAAUCUUAUUUUAUUGGUAAUUAAGCUAUUCUAUCAACAGGGGGAGCUAUCAACCUAUCUAAGGUUAAUUUAAUUUUAAAAAACUCUCAAAUAGAAUCAAAUAGAGCUCAAAUAGGAGGUGGAAUUUAUUAUUAAUAAAUAAUUCCUGACUUUGUAUUAUUACUAUAAAAUGGUAUCAAGCAAAAUAAUACUAUUUAAAAUAAUUAUGCAAGUAUCUAUGGUAAAAAUUUAGGAUCAACCUUAAGAUCAAUUUACAUUUCUCAAAAAGAUAUUACUAUUUAAAGCUCACAUAAUAUAAAUUACAAAUAGAACUAACUUGAAGUAGAAGGAAUUUAAAGUGGUGAGUAAAUUAUUUUUAAAAAAAUACAAGUUCUUGAUGAAGAAGAAAGUCCUGUUUUUAUCCCAUCAAUUCAAGAUUAAAAUUACUUAAGUGAUGAUGUCUUACUAAUAAUUAGAUAGAUCAAUAUAGAAAUUAUAUGUGAUUAAUUAAAUGUUGAAGUACAAUGUGUAGGAAAUUUAAAAUCAAGUUAUUUUUAAAAUGGAGGUUUUUAUUUAACUGUAUAACCUAUGUAUAAACCACUAAAUUCAAUGAUUAUGAAAAUAAAAUCAAAUGUGUUUCCACAAUUAGUUGAUUCUAAUAAUAAUAUCUAAUUUAAUUAAGGUUAGUUAGAUCUUCAAGUGAUACUUAAUUUUGAUCAAUGUAAAAUAGGCUAGAUUCAAAAAUAAUUUAGUAAUUCUAUUAUUUGUGAGUCUUGUCCAGAGGGAAAAUACUCAUUAGAUAUUCUGGAUGGUGAAUGCAAAAAAUGUCCAGACUCUGCUGAGUAUUGCUAAGGUUCAAAAAUUUAGUUGAAAAAUGGUUACUGGAGGAGUAAUGAGUUGACUGAUGAUAUUAUUUAUUGUAAUUACAAUCCAGAUGUUUGUUAACCUUAAAGCAAUCAAUCGAAAUUUAAUUGUGCUAGAGGAUAUAUAGGUAUAAUAUGUGCUUCUUGUGAUAUAUAUGGUGAAAUUUGGGAUGAUUCGUAUGCAGAAUAAAUCACAUCAAAAUAAUGCUAUAAAUGCUCAGAUAACCUUAGCCUGAUUGUUUUAAAUAAUUUACUAAAAUUCUUUAUAGUAAUAGCUUAUAUUUUUUUUAUGGUCAGAAGCUUAUAAAAUCAGUUAUAUAUUAAACUCUUAGGACAUUAUGUAAAAAAGUCAGGGAUACUUUUUUUAGGCAAUACAUGUAAUUAAUCAAGCAUUUUUUUAUAAUUUAAAAUUUAUUUAAAAUAUAUUUUUAGAUAAAUCAGAAAGACCAAAAAUAUUUUCUAAGAUUCUAAAUGA